UCCCCUACCUAUAUAUAAAUACUGAAGUGAGCUCAAACUUUACUUCAACUCACUCAUUCUCUCCAUCAAUUCAAAUUCAACACGUAAGGAACUAAUAACCCGCAUCAAUGGCGGAAACUCGUAGUUCCCUUUGCACUUUUCUUUUGAUUCUCUUCACCAUUGUACUGUCCUCUUUCAGUGUCCCUGCCAUGGCGGCCGGGCGUGGCAUCCCCAACGAGGCGUCCAAGAAUGUGGACAAAAAACUCCAUCCUGAGUUUCUCCACGGUUACGACGGGACCGUUUUGAUUCCCGGCUUCGGCCGCGUAGUCAUCCCGCCGAAGGGUCAAAUAGUUGACCCAUUCAACUACAACCCCAUCACCGGCAAGAGUGGCGGCGGAACUGGCGCCAUCAACCCCUUCGAUGGCAUAAUAGGCGGCGGGUCCGGCUAUGUUCCCGGCGGAGAUGACACUCUCCUCCCUAACCCGGGUGUGGAGGUACCCAACCCGCCUGUAGCAGCUGGCGGCGGCGAGGAUGCUGGCAGCCUCACUCCUCCGGCUCGUCGCUGAUGAUUUGAUUAUUAGCUAGUACGUAUGUAGCAGCUUGAAGCUUGCGUAAUAAUGGCAUGCAGAUUUGAAGGUGUCUUGGCCUGGCUGGAUUAUUAUUGUAAUUUAAGUAUAGAGCGUUCGUUUAUCUUAGGAAUCAUCGAUUUCUUGCAACUGUCAUGUUCGUUUAAUUCUGUCGUGCUAUUUAAUUAGUGCAUAUAUGUACGUAAUUACUGUUCUCUUUUAGUUACAACAUUGUAUUUUUUUCAUUAUUCACAUAUUCUACUUUGACUAUAUUUUAUUUAUUACUAUGUAAUGUAUUAUAAAUUAAAUUUUUUUAAAAAUAUUAUUAAAUUCUUCUCAUUUUAAAUUUUCA